AUGGGCAAACCCGAGGUGCCUUUUCAUUCAAGUUCCGAUGCAUCUCCCCCGCCUUAUACCGAGCACGACCCACACACGCAGGUUCCUGGAUAUGAGACACCGGGGCGAAGCACGGGCGCCACCGUCAAAUUUCCACCAGCGCUGAACGGCUAUUACCAAUGGAAGCUGAGCACGACAUUUCACCUGGGGCCGACCGCAGAGGAAAAACUAUUCGCGGUCUCAACACACACAACGGUCUUCAGCAACAAACCAUCGGUCGUCUUACACGAUGGGCCAACUAACAAGCAUCCGGUGAUGGCAACAGCACUGGGCGACAGAUGGGGGCGAACCAGACCCAUUACACUUACUCUCCCUCCUCGUCCAGGUGGAUCCCAUACAACAGAUAUCGUGGAGUCGUUGAUUCCUAGCUCGAGUAUGUCACCAGUUUGGAGUUUCGAGGCAUCAAUCGGCCCCAAAGGCACUACAAGAGAGCGAUUCGAAUGGCGCAAAAGCCAUGGAAACGAGAUCAAAGAACUUGCUGGUCACUCAACUGGGUGGAAGUUGGUACGUCUUGCAGCAUCGGGGAAGAACCCUGGCGGGAGCAGAAAGGAGCGCGAUUUUGGUUAUACAAGUGAUGGGCUGGAAGUUGUGGCCAUCAUCGCGCAUAACGCUUCAUGGAGCAUGACAAAGGGUCUCCGGUUCACUUUCUUGGGUAGCGGGCUGACUGGGACUAUGGGAGAAGCUUGGGAGAUUCUCGUUAUUACUUCAUCUCUUCAGCUGUGGUACAUAGAUGUCCAGGCGAAUGCGGCAGCAAGCUCCGCGGCAGCUGCAGCAGCCUGA